AUGUUCUCUUCGUCAUUGCGGAAAAGGAAAGAUUGGACAGAAAUUUCAACCGAACUACUGUCUCAAUCCAAUCCUAUAUGGAAAGAAAUCACCUCCGAGACAUACGACCUAGCCAUCCCUAUUAAUACAGCUACUAAUAACAACCCAACUGAUUACAUUCGCCUCAUUAUACUAUCGCCUGCAGAUACAAAUAAGUCUCUGGAUACACAGGACCGUGUUGAAAACUUAUAUCAUAAAUGGGGAGGCAAAAAUGUGGGGGUCUUAUUCCUUCUUAACGGGUCAAAUCAAGAGAAUGGAUCAAUAGCGAUGAUGAGUCUCCAGGCCAGGCAGGUAAAAACCUUGGAAUCACCAAGAGGACUAACUAAGUUUAUAACAAGUUUUUUCUACAACGUUGAUAUACCAAUUCUACCUCUUUUUGAUGUUAAAAGUUUGCAAUCUACGCUAUCUAGUUUUCUACAACAUAUUGAACAUCCGUUGAAACCCAUUAAGGGAGAUACAUCAGCUAUAACUCUUCUUCCAUAUUGUUCAACAAACCCUCCAAUGCAAGAGCAUGCUAGGAACAUUAUUAGUGACAUCUGUGCAAAUAUUCACGAGUUUGGAAUUUUGAUGUCCACGGAUCAGAGGCAUCAGAUACUUGGUAAUUUGUUAUCAGAUUAUCCUCGAACUCUUCAAGAAAUAAUUGACUUCUGGCAAGAGGAAAAUUUCACGGAAUAA